CUACCAGGAACUCUGCUGCCAGAGGUUCAAGUGAUGACAGCCAAGAAGCAGAAUUCCAGAAUUCUCAGGAUUCUCCUCAGCCGGAGGCACGUGUGGUGGUCCCAGACCGCAGUCAGACACCGGGAGAAGAGUCCUCUGUCUCGGAGUAUUUCUCCUGCGUGUCGUCUCCAGGAAAGCUUCUAGCUGCUGCUGAGGACGGAGGAGGAGGAGAAGGAAUCCUUCAGUGGCAUCAGUAUAUUCUUCAAACUCAGCCUCUUGAGAUGACUCUACCCGAGGUCUUGGAGGAAUGGCAAGCUUCCUCUGACUCUACCCAAGACCCCUUUCCACCAUACCUGGGAACGGCACCCGUCAAGGAGAUUUACUACAGGCCGGUCCAGAUGAAAAGAGGUGUGGCUGUGUCAUGGGAUGAGGUGGAAGUCUUGCAGCCCGCCUCAAAGAAGACCAAAAGAGAAUCUGCUUUUUUCGAAGAGGCUGAAAAAAAGGGUGAAGAGACCUCAGACAUAUGGAGCCGCUUGUCUACACGGGAACUCGUAGAUGUCAGCGACUAUAGCGAAGCCUCAGAGGAGAGGGAGCAGCCUGGCAGUGCGGUGGAGCCUCCAGCCCAGGAGGAGAGCCCCAGGGCCGAGACGCCUGAGUGGCUGGUGGCCCUGGACAGCGGCUUCAGGUGCCUGGGCUGCUGCCGGGUUUUCCCCAGCUUGGAGGUCCUGCAGGACCACGUGGACAAUGCGGUCCGUGAGGGCUUCAGCUGCCGGGUUUUCCAUCGCAUCUUGGCUUGGCUGAAUGACAAGAAGGAGGAGGCGAAGGAGAAUCGAUGCACGAUCAUUUAGAUGGUAGGCCAAAGAACACUUUGGCAGGAAGACAUCCUCCUGCGAGUACAUAGACUCUUUCAGGCCCUAGGAAAGUGGAAGUGAAGUAGUCCAGACUCUACUGAGGGCCUUCAUCUCUUAGCAGCCAUGAUACCCACUUUGGUUAAAUGUAUUCACCACCUUCCCUACCACCACGCAGGAACAGGAGCAGAGCGGCCCUUUUAAUAGUUUCCACUGCUCUCCUGAAGACGAGGGACAAAAGGCAGAUCACACCAUGCAGAAGACCAAGAUGUACUCAUGCAAACUAAAGAACAAGGAGCACCAGUCUAGCAUCUCUACCAGUAGGGCUGAGAACAGGAAACUGGCUGGAAGUAGAGACUAUUAAAAAGGGCCAGCUGCAGAAGAGGUGAGGGCCCCAGGAGUAAGAGCACAUCUCAAGGAUACUUGGGAUUCAGUAUCAAAGGCCAGGGGAGUCACAAGGCUCAGGAUGCGGCAGAGCUAGGCCUUCUGUCCUUGAAGGGUUGGUUCUACCCUUUUCCUGGGUGUGAGUGGGAUCUCAAACUCCAUUAUGUGAUUCCCAUACGUGAGAGGAGACUGCGUAGCAGUUGCAACCACUUGAUAGAAACAAACCAUGUAAUCCUUUCUCAAAGUGGUCUUUGUUAGGGAGGAGCCAAGAUGGCGGCGUGAGUAGGGCAGCAGAAAACUCCUCCCAAAACCAUAUAUAUUUUUGAAAAUACAACAAAUACAACUAUUCCUAAAAGAGAGACCAGAAGACACAGUACAACAGCCAGGCUACAUCUACACCUGCAAGAACCCAGCGCCUCACGGUGGGGGUACGAUACAAGCCACGGACUGGUGGGACCCUCGCGUGCUCCACAUCCCAGCUCCCCAGCAGGAGGAGAGGAGUCGAAGCCGGGAAGGAGUGGGAGCCCAGGACUGAUAAAUACCAAGCCCUAGUGAUCCACACCAGGAGUGCAGACAACACAGUGCAUGGUGUGCUGGACACUAGGGAAAUGGAACAGUAAAACCUGCAAGUGGGUUCCCACAGCCGGCACCCCUGGGACAAAAGAAAAGGGAGUGCGUUUUGAAAGUCUUAAAGGGUCAGGAGCCUUACAGCUGGAAGGAAGUGUCCCGGCCCACUCAGCCCAGCAGCUGGGAAUCCCGGGGAACUCCGGGCGCCCUAACCCCCUGGGCAGCAGUGCAGCUCUGAGGCCCGUCACAGUGAUAAACAGCCUCUCACCCGUUCCCCCCCAGCACAGCCCCGCCAUAGCAGUGGAGCAGCCUGAGACCGGCCACGCCCACAGCAGCCGUGCAGAGCCUCCUCUGCAGCCCCUGGGCCAGGCUCAGAGGCCCCGUCAGCAUGCAGCUGCACAGCACAAGCCGCUGGGGGGCGCUGUUCUCACAGGAAGGGACAGUGACAGGCAAGCAGGAAGGGACUUUGUUCUCCGAGCUGUCACAUGCGCCAACUGCCUACGACUACCUCUGUCGCCAUGAAGAGGCAAAACAAUUUGAUACAGACAAGAAUAACCCAGACAUCCCCUGAGAGGGAACCUGGGGAGAUAGAUUUAACCAAUCUUCCUGAAAAAUAAUUCAAAAUAAAGGUCAUAACUAUGCUGAUGGAGCUGCAGAGAAAUAUGCAAAAGCUAAUGUAUCAAGUUGGGAAGGAGAAUACAGAAAUAAAACAAUCUCUGGAAGGACUUAAACGCAGAAUGGAUGAAGUGCAACAGGCUAUUAAUGGAAUAGAAAUCAGAGAACAGGAGCGGAGAGAAGCUGACGCAGAGAGAUAAAAAGAUCUCGAGGAAUGAAAGAACAUUAAGAGAACUGUGUGACCAAUCCAGAUGGAACAAUAUCUGCAUUAUAGGGGUACCAGAAGAAGAAGAGAGACAAAUUGGGAUAGAAAGUGUAUUUGAAGAAAUAAUUGCUGAAAACAUCCCCAAACUGGGGGAGGAAAUAGUCGCUCAGACCACUGAAGCACACAGAACUCCCAACAGGAGGGACCUGCCUUUUGAUUUUAUGUUUGUCAGGGAAAUCUUGUUUUUGUUUUAAUAAUAAAUGUUUAUGCCUUUGAACCAGGAGUUUGCCUGCCUUUUUCUCCUAUGCUGCUUUAUCCUGUUUCCUGAGUUGCUAGUUUUGAGACUGUGUAAGAACUGACAGAGAAUCGCCAGCCACAUCAAGAUCAAGGGGCAGAACUGCAUCUUCUUGGCCCCAGAGAUGCUGUGGGACAUCUCUUUUGCCUUCUUGCCUGACAGUUGCUUCUUCCAGGGAAAGAGUAGCUCUGAACACCCAAAUCUGGCUAGAUUUUCCUCCUGCCUAACACUGGCAUCCCAGUAUGGAAAGGUAUUUUGGUUUUAUAUCAGUAACUUUGCGGUUUCAAGCAACAGUAACAGCUCUGUCUGACUCA